UUGAUAUUUGUCUUUGUUUUAUUGAUUAAUCAUCCCAAUAAUUAGCUUAAUGCUUUCGAUAGACCAAGAUAAGAAUGCAAGAAUGCAUAUCAGUAACAAUAAUUUACUUUGGUUUAGCGUAGACAGUGAAACAAGACGAACGAAAACCCAGUUUCAGUAAAUGUCUAUCCUUCUACGCGAUAGGUGUAUUUGAUAGAAUCACUCAUUGAUUCAGCAUUAUAAAUUCAGACACAAUUAAAAUUGAACAUAUCAAUCUAAUUGGUAAUUUUUUUAAGAUAAUACAAGAUUUAUUUUGGCAUUUUAGAUUUGCUCCCUGUUCGACAUCUCUUUCAUCUAUGCUGCAUCUUCUAAGAUCCUUAAAGCUGACUUCAGCUCCGAAAAGAAACCAGUUUACUAAAAAGUCAACUUGUUUAUCAACGCCAUCAAGGAAAUUCCACGAAUCAGCACAAGCAAGAGCCUGCUAUGGCAAUGCAAGUCUAGGAAAUCAUAGUAAAAACCAUAAUGUGACUUCUGCUUAUGAAUUGAUCGAACAUGAGUAUGAUGCAAUUGUUGUGGGAGCCGGUGGAUCUGGAUUGAGAGCGGCUGUUGGACUCGCUGAAAAAGGGUUAGACUGCGCCUGUAUUACCAAGUUGUUUCCAACAAGAUCACAUACUGUAGCAGCACAGGGUGGGAUUAAUGCUGCACUUGGGAAUAUGAGUGAAGACGAUUGGCGCUGGCACGCAUAUGAUACCGUAAAGGGCUCUGACUGGCUCGGGGACCAAGAUGCAAUUCAGUAUAUGUGUGAGGAAGCUCCAGCAACUGUGCUUGAGCUUGAAAGAUAUGGUGUUCCUUUUUCUCGAAAUCCCUCUGGCACGAUUUAUCAACGUGCCUUCGGCGGCCAAUCAUUGGACUAUGGACGUGGAGGCCAAGCUCGUCGAUGCGCGGCAGCAGCUGAUCGAACAGGGCAUGCACUGCUGCAUACACUUUAUGGUCAAGCGUUAAGAUACAACUGUGUAUUUUUUGUAGAAUAUUUUGCAAUUGAUCUGCUGUUCGAAGAGCUUGAUGGGGAACGUGUAUGCCGUGGAGUGUUGGCAUAUUGCAUGGAAGAUGGGUCGCUGCAUGCAUUUAAAGCGCAUCAUACAGUUCUCGCUACAGGCGGAUAUGGACGUACCUACUUUUCUUGCACGAGCGCGCAUACUUGUACUGGGGAUGGGAAUGCGAUGGUAACACGAGCACGAUUGCCAGGCCAAGACUUAGAAUUUGUGCAAUUUCAUCCUACUGGAAUUUAUGGAGCCGGUUGUCUAAUUACAGAAGGAUCAAGAGGUGAAGGUGGCGUGCUGAGAAAUUCGACAGGCGAGCGUUUUAUGGAGAGAUACGCACCAACUGCAAAGGAUUUGGCGUCUAGAGACGUAGUAUCGAGGGCAAUGACAAUUGAGAUUAGGGAGGGGAGAGGUGUCGGACCAAAAAAAGACCAUGUUUUGCUUGAUCUGUCACAUUUAGACCCGCAACUUUUGAAAGAGAGGUUACCAGGGAUAUCAGAAACGGCGGCCAUUUUCUCGGGCGUAGAUGUGACAAAAGAGCCUAUUCCAGUCAUACCAACGGUCCACUACAAUAUGGGCGGGAUUCCGACCAAUUAUUACGGUCAAGUUAUUGUACCGCCAGUUAAAAAUACUAGCAGUCGCUCGAGUAAGAAUAUGCCUAAAAGUUCAGAUGACGGUGAGGCAUCCUCCAGAAACCAAAAAUCAGCUGGUUCUAGCUCGGACUUAUCGUCCGAGCAAGUUGUGGUCAAGGGCCUGUAUGCCGCGGGCGAAGCAGCCUGCGUCUCUGUACACGGUGCGAACCGCCUGGGAGCUAAUUCCCUGUUAGAUAUUGUCGUUUUUGGAAGGGCAUGCGCGUAUCAUAUCGCAGAGGAUUUGGCGAAGUCUUCAUCGAAAAAGAAUACGACAUCUAUGAACAAAACUAAAUCAUAUCAAUUACCUCACGUAGCAUUGAAAUCUAAUACCAUCAAUGAAAUAGUACACCGAUUCGAUAAAACUCUUCGCUCUCAGAAAAAUAGCAUGCCAGCUGCUCACCUUCGAUCUGAAAUGCAGCAAAUUAUGCAAAACUACGCAGCGGUUUUCAGAACUGGUGAUACGCUUUCUAAAGGUGUUGAAUUGAUAGACCAACUUUACCAACAACUGCCUAAUAUGCAAUGUCAAGACCAAAGCAAAAUCUGGAAUACUGACCUUGUUGAGUGCUUAGAAUUACAAAAUUUAAUGACUCAGGCUGUACUCACCAUGCACAGUGCUCAUGCAAGAAAGGAAUCCAGAGGUGCGCAUGCUAGAGAAGACUAUACUGAAAGGGACGAUGAAAACUGGCUCAAGCACACUUUAGCUUAUUUAGAUCUAGAUACCGGGAAAGUCACUUUGAAAUAUAAGCCUGUUCAAUUACAACCGAUCAACGAAAAAAUGCCACAUGUACCUCCCAAAAAGAGAGUUUACUAAAUAGCGUGGUUUCCGGGUAUUAUGAGAAUUACUGCCGUUUUGGACUAUGAUAAAGAUAUAACUAAGUUCUACAAUAUAAAAUGAUGCCUGUGUUACAAGUUUAGUAAACGUUUGAUACAACAAAAUCAGAUUAUAUAUUUUUGUCUUUGAACAAUUCACAGACACUUCAGUUUUACAAUUAACUCUCCACAAUCGAUUCGAACCUCACUGGAGCAAAAUCUCAAGCCGAGGCGCAGUUACUACCGAAUUAGCUCUAUACAAAAGCAGUAAACAAAACUCAAACAGCGCUGAUAGCCAUUGAGGGGGGUGCAACGACACUUGUCAAAUAGACAUCAUGUUGUGAGCAAUAUACGUUAAAAAAGAGCUCAGCUGCCGCUGUGCCCGAGUUUUUUUUAACUAAAAUAAUCAGAUCAGGCGUGAUUCAGGAACGCCAGAAAAUAUAUGCGUAAUAAAUAGAUUAGCAAUUUAUAACAAUCAAA